UAUUUUUGUUCGAUACAGUUGUUCACAAGUUGUUUCAUUUCAUCUUGUUGCAUUUCAUUUUUUUUAAUAACAAUUUUAACAUUUUAAUGCAUGAAUAUUGAUAAUAAAUUUUAACCAAUAAUUAUUUUAACGCGACAAAUUAAUUUGUGGUAGAAUUGCGAAUACGAAUUUUCUACUCAGAAAAGGAUUAUUGCAUGCAGAAAGUGCAAUUUUAAGCGCAAAACGAAGCAACAAGCCCAACUAGUGUAACUAAAAGUGAAACUAAAAGACAAAAGUGUUGCACGAAUAUGAGUCAACAGCCACGUGGACACCGCAAUGGAAGACCAUCGCAACAAGGCGGAAAUGCUUGGGGAAACCAAGGAAGGUCCCAAAACCAACAACAACCGAACAACCAAAAUCAGCAGCGUCCAACUAACUUUGCUGACACCGAUGCAUUCGGUCCGCCGUUAGGUGGUAGAGCGCGCAAAAAUCAACCUCAAAAUACUCAGGCAUCUCGUGGCCCGCAACCAACAAAUUCUCGUGGUACACAACAGCCACCUGCAUCGCGCCCACCACCAGCGGCUUCACAGCCUACCACUCAAGCAAGUGCACCGCCAUCAGCAUGGGGUCCACCAGCCUCUUCUCGUGCUCCACAAGUACAGCCAUCUGCACCGCGCCAGCAACCACAACCAAGCGCUCAAGCAAGUGCACCACCAUCAGCAUGGGGUCCACCAGCCUCUGCUCGUGCUCCACAACAACAACAACAACAACAACAACAACAACAACAACAACAACAGCAACAACAACAACAACAACAGCAGCAACCACAACAACAACAACCAUCUCGUCAGCAACCGCUGGCUUCUCAGCCAUCGACGAGUACUCAAGCAAGUGCACCACCAUCAGCAUGGGGCCAACCCGUGAAAUCCGCUGACGUUCAACCGAAAAGAUCUGCCGAUGUUGCAACUGCAUCAACAUCCAAGUUAUCAGACGAAAAGCAACCUGCUCAAGCAUCCAGAGGUGCUAUUCCAAAGAGAGGUGAGAGAGCCGAAGAGAAAUUGAUUGAAACAAAACCAAAAGGAAUUACAAAGCAAGCAAGAUUUGAUCCGAAAAGUCAUCAACGAAAUUUCGUGGUCAAAUCAAAUUACUUCAAGCUUGAUUCGGCGCUGAAGUUUGAAAUAUUUCAUUAUCAUGUGGAGUUCAGUCCACCGGUGGAAAACCCAUCGUUUCGCAAUGCGUUAUUAGGCAGAGAACGUGAGAAUAUCGGAACAUUUUUGUAUGAUCGCGGGUCAAGUAUUUUCACCAUCCGUGAAUUUUAUCGGGCCGAUAAUAGAAAUCGAACCCAUCAGAUUGUAACGCGUGAUCGUGAGGAAAGAGAAAUUGCAAUAAAUUUCACCCGCGUUGGUAUCAUUUCACCGCUUGAAAUUCAAUUUUUGCAAUUGUUGAACAUCAUUUCGAAAAGAGCCCUCACGAAAUUGAAUUUAACACGCAUUCAGCGUGACUAUUUCGAUGCUGCAGCAAGAAUUACAAUCGCACAGCAUGGCAUCGAAUUAUGGCCGGGAUAUGCAACGUCGAUUCGACAACAUGAGCAAAACAUCCUUAUGAAUUCCGAAAUUCGGUUCAAACUGAUGCGGUCGCAAACGGUUUUGCAGCUGAUGGAGAACGCCUACAGUCGAUUCCGAAAUAAUUGGCAACAAGCAUUUCAACAAGAAGUUCUGGGCAUGGUUGUUCUCACCCAGUACAAUAACAAAACAUACCGCGUUUCUGAUGUUAUCUUUGAUAUGUCACCAACAACAACAUUUGAGACAAAUAAUGGCCCAGUUUCGUACGUCACCUAUUAUAGAGAUCGGUACGGUUUAAAUAUCACCAACUUAUCCCAACCAUUGUUGAGAUGUUUACCAACCGACAAAGAUAUUCGUGGUGCAAGAGGUCGAGACGAGGUACCGCAACCGAUAAAUUUGGUGCCGGAAUUAUGUAAUCCAACCGGAUACACCGAUGAAAUGCGAAAGAAUUUCAAUUUGAUGAAAGAUGUUGCUCAAUUUACACGUGUCGGUCCAUCGCAACGAGUGCAAAGAUUGACGGAAUUCAGACAACGUUUGCAAACUACGCCAGAUAGUAUUGCAGUAUUGAAUGAUUGGGGACUUCAACUUCAAAAUUUGGUUACAGUUCCUGCAAACCAAUUAAAAUGGGAAGCCAUUAAAUUGGGCAACCGCGACAUUGUGGCCACGAAUGCUGCAUGGACCAAUGCACUGCAAGGAGCAAAUUCAAUGUAUUUUAGCAAAAAAUUGGAAAACAAUCAGUGGGCAGUGGUUAUACCAGAAUCGAUGAAGCGGGAUGCGGAAGGAUUCAUCGAAGAACUCCGAAAAGUGUCAGCAGGCAUGAAAUUCGAUCUUGGAGCCCCGCUCAAGUUCAUUAUACAAGAUGACCGCAUCACAACACUAAAUACAGUGUUGGAAAAUAUUUGCCAGAAAAAUCUGAAAAUGGUGUUCGUUGCAGUGAGCAACAAUCAAGCCGAUCGCUAUAGUGCGAUUAAGAAAGUGUGCACCGUUCGCCAUGCACUUCCGUCCCAAGUGGUUACUCGUCGUGUUAUGGAUAUGCGUAAUAUGAGCAAAACGCGAUCGGUCGCAACAAAAGUGGCCAUUCAAAUAAACGCCAAAAUCGGAGGACAGCCGUGGAAUGUCAAUCAUCCAUUGGAGAAUGUGAUGUUUAUUGGUUAUGACGUAUGUCACGACACACGUGAUAAGGCACGUUCAUAUGGUGCAUUAGUCGCCACCAUGGACAUGAAACACUCCAGUAAUUAUUUCAGUACUGUAUCAGCCCACCAGAAUGGAGAAGAGCUAUCCAACAAUUUAUCGCUUAAUGUUACCAUGGCACUGCGACAGUAUAAAAGUGAACGUGGUAUGCUACCCGCACGGAUUUUGUUCUAUCGUGAUGGUGUCGGCGAAGGUCAGACCAACUAUGUUUAUCAACAUGAGUUGGCACAUUUGCUCAGGACACUGAAGGAAUAUUAUAAAGAACAGCCCGUUAAAUUGGCCUUUGUCAUUGUAUCGAAGCGAAUUAACACGAAAUUCUUUGAAGAAAGAGGCAAUGGUCCUGCAAUGAACGUUCCACCAGGAACCGUUGUUGAUGAUGUCGUUACGUUGCCAGAACGUUACGACUUUUUCUUGGUAUCACAAGCCGUUAACCAAGGCACAGCAACACCCACAAACUACAACGUCAUUUACGACACAUUCGGACUGCCACCGGACAAGCUUCAAAUCAUGACUUACAAAUUAUGCCAUCUUUACUACAAUUGGGCGGGAACAACGCGUGUACCAGCUGUCUGUCAGUACGCGCACAAGUUGGCAUUUUUGGUCGGUAACUUUUUACAUACUGCUCCAAGACAAGAACUUUCACCAUACCUAUACUUCCUAUAAGCGAAAGGAAGUCAUCAAAUCCACCUGAAUUGGUUUAUACCAACGUUUUCUCAGCACCUUCGUUUAAGUUCAUUACAGAAAAAUCAAAAUUUAAAAUAAGACAUUCUAACGAAUUAGAAGUUAAUUAAUUGAGAUCUACGGGUGAAUUUCUACCACUUAUUACAAAGAAUGAAAUGCAUUUUUAUCAUAUAUUUUUUUAAUAGACAUUGCACCUCGCAGGUAAACAAUGCCUUUUACGUUUAAGCUAGAGCAUGUUUUAAAACAAUUAUUGGUUCGUACAAAUGGAUGACAAAUCGAGUGAAUAAAAAAAGACAAUAUAUUCUUUCAAUGACAAAAAAAUAUAUAUUUUUUAUAAAGAUAUAUAUUUCUAUUCAUAACAAAUUUUUUUAAGACACAAAUUGUUUCAAAGAUGGAUUUAAAAUUUCGUUACUAUUUAAAUAGAUAGUUAACGAACCAAUAGACAAAAAAAAUUAUGUAGCAAUCUAGAUACCAACAAGUCACUUUCAAGUCAAUUUAAAAGAACCACAUAUUUUUGAUAAUACAUACUGUCUUUGUAUUGCA